GAAGGAAGCGAGGUCGGGUACACAAGGUGCGAUGAGCGACAUUCGCCAUUCUCUCCUGCGGCGGGAUGCUCUCAGUGCAGCGAAGGAGGUGUUGUACCACCUGGAUCUCUACUUCAGCAGCCAGCUCCAGAAUGCUCCCGUGCCGCUGGUCGAGAAAGGGCCCAUAGAACUGCUGGAAGAGUUCAUCUUCCAAAUACCGAAAGACCGCGGUUCUCACAGCAAGCGACUUGGCGCCAUACAAGAGCUUCAGUUGUUGGAGUUGCUGUGCAGUUACUUUCAGGAACAGACGAAGGAGCCGGUCCGGCAGGUCAUCUUCAACUCUCUGUUCAGCCCACAAGGCAAUAAGGCUGAUGAGCAGCGUAUGACUCUGCUAGGGAAACUGACCUCUAUGGCAGUGGCGGUAUGCAGGGUGCCUGUGCUGGAGAGUGCUGCUUCCUGGUUGCAGCGCUCUCCAGCUGUUUAUUGUGUUCGCUUGGCCAAAGCACUGGUAGAUGACUACUGUGGCCUCGUGCCAGGCUCCAUCCAGACGCUGAAACAGAUUUUCAAUGUCAGCCCCCGCUUCUGCUGUCAGUUUAUCACUGCCGUAGCUGCGUUUUAUGAUAUGUCCACAGAGGACCUCCUUCCCCCUCAUGAUCUUCUGGAGAUGAUCGUAUCCUGGAUUUUUGAAGAUCCCCGCCUCAUUCUGAUUACUUUUCUCAAUACCCCCAUCACUGCUAACCUGCCAAUUGGCUUCUUGGACUUCUCCCCGCUAAUGGGUCUGGUUCGCUGGUGUGUAAUUGCCCCUCUUGCCUACAGACGCAAGCAAAAAGCAGCUGGCGGAGAGCCAAUUCGAGAUAAUCAGAAGCUUUACUCCAAGCUCCACCUGAGUGUGCUACAAGGGCUCAUGGUCCUUCAAAAUCACCUUACAGAGAAAGGACUGUAUGGGCGAUUGGCACUUGUGUUGUUUGAGCAGCUUGUACCACUAGUUGAAGAGUUGGGGCACCUCUGUGAAGAGCUUAACCCACUCAAUGCUGAACAAGAGAUGGAGUUGGCAUUAGAUCGGCUGGCACAGGCGUUACAAGUCUCCAUGGCAACAGGGGCGUUAAUUUGUACUCGUGAUGACCUCAGGACUCUCUGUUCUCGUCUCCCCCAUAAUAACCUCAUGCAGCUUGUGAUCUCUGGCCCGGUUCAGCCUCAGCCUGCUCACGCUCCUUUGACAACUGCAUAUUACCCCCAUAUUCAUACCCCACCUGUAGGUUACCCUGCUCUCCCAACUCAUCCAGCUCACACUGCAUUAUCUACACACACAGCCCUUCCUGCACACACAACGCUACCGGCUCACGCAGCACUUCCAGCACUCCCUGCUCAUGCUGCACUGCCGGCACACGCAGCAUUGCCCACCCAUGCUCCUUUACCUGGACAUCCUGUGCAGACCUUCAUGCCUGGCAUGGCUUUCCCAUACCGGCCAAUGCGCUGAGUCACUCCGACAUCACAAAGAAAGACUGUCAUUGUUACAGAGGAGGAAGUGAACAGCCCAAAGUCAAAAGUACAGAAUCUACAUGCUGCUGUUGUUGUUUCAGUACA